AAUGGAACGUAUAUUGUCCCAGACAGGUUUAAUGUACCACAGUGCAGAACCAUGUUUGGAGAACAUCCACCCACUGAGCUAUAUUUUUUUCAAGUUGGACCGGAUCUAGUCAAUCAAAAUGGCAACCAGAUUAUAAGAAUAAUGCCUGGGACUUCUUAUCUGAUACGUUUUGUCUUAUUUAAUGCUAAUACACAGAUCACUUACACAAACUGGUCACAACCAUUCCAGACACGAGAUCUGCCUCCAAAUCCGAAUGAGAUUUCUGCUUCCUUUGAAGGACGCUCUGGAGGAAUGGUGGUCAUCACUGUGCUGCUCAGUAUCUCUAUGUUCCUGCUACUGGUUGGCCUUGCUGUCGCUUUUGGUACACCUAAAUAGCCCACCUCUAAGUAUAAGUUCACAUUGGCAAUCUAGUUCACACUCUAUGCAGAAAAUCGGUCACUUAUAUUUUUUUUUAUUAAGUAUUAAAAAUAAAGUUUCA